UAUAUAUAGCAAAAUGUUUUCAUAUUAUAUUUAUUGCAGCUGGAUAGAUGGGAGUAUUCGAAUACAUAAUUAAACUGCAUCAUGCAAUUUCUAAAAAUAAUCCAAUGUUUGUUGAACUUUUUUCUAAUAGGAUAGCUUUUACAUUGGCCAAAAUAGUACUAAUUUGUGAACGUUGCUAUACAUAGAAAAAAUAUAAAAGAUUUGAAUCUUUAGAUCUUAUAACAUUGUGUAUAGAAGUUUAUUUUGUUUUGGUUAAUUAAAUAACAUCUUUCCUGGUAUAUUGUAAUUAUUUGAUGUUAAUUCCAUAAAAUUACCGCGGUUCUGUGCAAAUUCACGGAUCGUGAAUAUACAAACAUAACUAUAAGUAUUUAACCAACAUUAAACCCAAUAGUGUAAUAUCUAUUUUUCUAUUCAAAUGUGUGUUAGCGUUACAAUAUCGUAACGCGACGAUUUUGGCAGGAGAUUUCAGAUAAUGAGUUAAGACAUUAAUAUAUUUUAUAACGGAAGAUUCGCUAAUUAAAAUUAAUCUUCGAUAGAAGAAUUCAGUGGUUUUUGCUGAGAACUAAAGAUAUGAACAAUUCUAUCAUUCUUCCAUCUUCAUCGUUGACAACAAAACUAUUUAACACAAGCAAUACAACAUCUUUUGAAGGAUUAACUACAAAAAGCGGGCAGAGAAAUGAUUUUUUGACGCUUGCUGGAGCAAUUUCAUGUUGUACUAUUGUGGGUAUAUUAUUUGUAUUUGGAAUUUUUGCAAAUGCAUUGACAAUACUUGUUGUAAAAAAGUCAGCAGAUUUAAAAACAUCUGCGUUCAACGUAAUAAUAUGUAGUCUUGCAUUUUCGGAUUUCAUAUCUGCUUGGAAUAGUCCGUUUGCAGUUUAUCGAUCAACAUUCGGUUAUCGCUUAUACUAUUUACCAACAUUUUUUUGCAAGACGACAAUGGCUUUUAAAUUUUGGACCAGUUGUGUAACUAUUCAACAUAUUCUUGUGUUUACAAUACUUCGUAUUGCUGCAAUAAAAUUUCCUCAUCGUAUGAAGAUAUUUACCGUCUAUAAAGCAAAGAUACUUGUGAUGGUUAUUUGGAUAGAAACAUUUUUGGCAAAUUUUAUUUUCUACUUCUGGUUCCCAUACGUUUAUUCUGCAGAUGAAUUCAAUCCUGUAGGCGUUGGAUGUAGUGCACACAAGGAUCAGAUGAAGUACAUAACUAUAUAUACAAAUAUAGCCUUUCCAAUAUUUCUUUGGUCUCCAAUAUUAACAGUUGUUCUGUUAACAUUUGUAUUAAUUUGCUUGGUGAUACAAAGAAAAAGACUUCGCCAGAAAGAUAGAGGAUCUGAUGUUGAUGUGAGCAAAGAAAAUUUUGCUCUUCUACAGCUUUCACUCAUACUGUUGUCAUUUUUGAUCGGAUAUCUUCCCGAUGCAGGUUAUCGAUUAGCGGCGAGAAUUCGAUUCGAAAACGGCCAAAAAUUUGUUGAAAGACAAACAUGGAUACUUAAAUUAUCAUCACUUUUGUGCUUGAGAAUAUCCGAAUGUUUAAAUCCUAUAUUCUACAACAUUGCAUCAAGCACAAUGCGGAAAGCCACAAAGACAUAUGUGACAACAAAACUUUGUUUUAAACAAACUAAACAAGACAACAAUACAACAAAUGCAGAUGCCCCACCAAGAUCCACUAACAAACAAGUGUAAAUAAAUCCUUGAAUCAUCUGAGUUUAGUGAUGUAUCGACGCAGAAAACUGUAAUAAUUGCCUCACUGUCGAAUAUUAUUGGAUCUCCGCUAUAUGGGACCCUUAUUAUCGGUCGUUCUGUCUGUCUGUCCAAGCUCUAGCGUAUUAAUGGCUCGAUCUAUCUAGAUGAAAUUUUACACGUGGGUUAUCCAGUCACCCUAGUACUGUGCGUUUUAUUGAAAGUCCGGAUUGAAGUUUCGUUUCCAUGGCAACAACAAAAAACCGCGCCGGUCGUUGUGAAGUUUCCAAUUUUUUCACAAUGUAUUUGCACACAGUGUACAGUAUAUCACUUACGCGAGAAUGUUUACGAAACACGCAGUGCUUAAAUGGACUGGCAGUUUCGGUAACCCGUUCCAUAAAUCUCGCUGCCAUUAUAGAUCCGCAAGUUUCUAUGGGUGGUAACCGGUUGCAUGAUUGCGGGUUUCAAAUAUAAGCGGAGAUUCUAGACGCAUACCGGUUGCUACUGAUCAUGAUUAAAUUCCUAAGAUAUGUAAUAUUUUAAUUUAAUUUUCUAUAUUUCCAGUAAAUUACUCGUAUAUUUCAAAUCAAUAUUAAUAACUUGAACUUUGACAUUAAAAUGCAAAUGUACCUGAUUUAUUUUUAUUAAAUAUGUAUGUAAUAGAUGUAUAAUUGUACAAAAUGCAUUUGGUUUGUCAUUUUUAUUAAGUCAAUUAUAUUAUGUAUAAUAAUAAUUAUUUUUACUUGACCAUAUUACUUGAUUAAAUACAUGUUAUAAAUUCAUAUUUCAAAAUUCAUAUUUGUUGAUGAAGCGCACCGACUUUUAGGUAUGAUUGUUAUGUCCUCAUAUAUAUGUUCUAACAAACAUUUGUUGUAUUCAGCCAAGUGUUCUAAAUGUGUUACUUUCUGCAAAAAUUGAGUCAAAUUUGUUUCACAACAAAGUCACAAACAUACAUAGGUUGAGAAAAACUAGAUAUAUGAUAUUUAUGAUAUCCGAGACCGAAAUUUGUUUCUGACAAUGACUUCACAUUGGUUUUGAAAUGUAUCUGAAUUGAUUUGGCCCAAACAUCAUACAUUUCAUUCAGAACAAAUUGGUAGCUCAUGAGAACUCAAACAACUUGCAUUUGUAUAAAUGGACUUUGAUUGCAAUCAGUUUCAGCGCUCAUUGAAACAAUGGAGACGGAAUUAUCAAUGACAAAAAACGAUGGCGUGGUUUCGUUUAUUUCAUAAAAAAAACUUUUAUUUAUUUAAAUUACUUGAUCUGAGUUUGCGUUGGGAUAGGCUUCAAAUAAACAUGAAAGACCUUACUUAAACAUAAUAAUGAAUUUUGCAUAGUUCGGGAUCAUGCUUAGUAAAAAAAGGUCACGCAUUGAACCUUUGAUUAACCCGUUUUGGUCCGGAAAUAAUUUUUGAUAUAAAUGUAUUAUGAAAUGAAUAGCUGAACAAGUAAACUUUAAAAUUAAUUUUGUUCACAUAUUCUAAGCAAGGUAUUUAUAAUAGUGCACCGUACAGCCUUAGUUUAUUUUUUGUGAAGUAUGUAUUUCAUAAUUGGUUCGGUACCCGAAACAAAAAUAGAAUUGAUGAAAGCUUGUUUCUAAACUACAAUAACAAUAAUAGUUCUGGAUAAUGUUUGCAAUUCGAAUAUGUCCGAAUCACCUUUGUAUACAGUAAGAAAUCCAAGGAUUUGUCGCCCGAUAUUGAUGCAAACUGUCGGAGAAGUUCGAAGUAUAAACAAAGAGAUGCAUUCAUGGGUGAUGUUUUUAACGCCAUUUGCAGCCGACUAGUAGUAAAUAUUUCUAAAAAGAAAUGUAAAAGGUUAUCAAUACUUACUAAAUUUGAUUCUAAAUUUUAAUUACAAUGCUUUAUUCGGAGAAAUACACGUUUAUUGAAAUUGAUUUUACAAAGAUUUCGUUCAAAUUUGUUAAAAAUAUAUAUAAUGUUGUCACCAGCUUUUCGAACUCUGAAUCGACAACUCAUGAAUUCAGUUUCGGUAUUAUUUCUUAUAUAUUAAUGAGAAAUAAAAAUU